GUGUGUGUGAAUGGGGUGAAUGAAUAACAUAAAACAGACAACGGCGAGUGGAAAGCAUAUAAAAUAAACAAUACCAUUUCGAGCUGGUCAGCUGAAAGGAAGUCGCCCCGUUGGUGGUGGUGCUAUUUGUUGUGGAUGUGGGUGUGUGUACGCAUAGCCAAAUGCUAGAGACGAUUAUGUAUGCGGCCGAAGCGGACGCGUGUUCUGACAACGUUUCCAACUAAAGAACCAGAAAAUAAAAGAAGAAAUUGUUCACAAACUGCGCAAAAAAACAUAAAGUUAAGCAAAAUGUGCUACGUUAUCAUCACAAGUGUGAGUCUAGUCUGGUUUCUGUGCACCCUGGUCGCGGAUAUGUUCGUGGCCGUUGCUUUGGUCACACCCAAAUGGCUAAUUGGACCCUCGAUUGGCGGCGCCAAUUGGAGUCUGGCCACGCCCGGUUCUAAUCAGCGUUUAGAGUCUGUGGGCAUUUAUACGCGAUGCAAGCAGAUGCAACAGCUGGGCUAUCAUUGUGGACGCUUCGACCUGGAUGGCUUUGCCACCGAUGGCAGUGUCUAUCCAUUGGAAUGGAAAUUGGCCAUGUUUUGCCUUUCGCUGGGGCUGGUGCUGCUCUCGUUGACAGUGUGCGCUACGCUGCUCACUUGCUGUAGGCAGUCGGCAUUUGGCAAGAGCAUACACAACAUGACGGCCUGUGCACAGGUGCUAGCAGGCAUAGCUGUGAUGUUGGCCCUGUUUUUGCAUCCCUUGGGUUGGCGGGCUGCGCGCGUACAACGCCUCUGCGGCCAGGAGGCGGAACCCUUCUAUCCAGCUGACUGCAGUAUAGGCAUCUCCUUCUACUGCGCCCUGGUUGGCAUCCUGUUGACUUUCGCAGCCGCAGGCAUCAGUCUAAAAGCCGAAUCCUCCAAUUUACGAACACGCGUGCGCCGGCGCAUCGAGUCCGGCAGCAAACUCGUUUGCAUUCCAUAGCCAAUCUCGUAUCUAUGGCAGCUAAAACAUUCAACCGACAAUUGGGCGUGUACACUUAAUUUAAUUUCGAAUUUAACGAUUUAACAUUAGCAUAAGCAUAAAUAAACAACUAGAAUUUCUACAA